AUGGCAUCUGUACCCACCGCGGUCGUCGAGGAGGGCAAGCUGCUCAGUGAGUCGCUGAGCACCGUCAAGAUUCAGGUCCAGCAGAUGAAGAGACACCUGGAAUUGGACCAACUCAUGGACGCGCUGAAGGCCGCAAGUCUUAUGUUGGCCGAGUUGCGAACAUCUUCUCUUUCUCCCAAACAGUAUUAUGAGCUGUAUAUGGCUGUCUUCGAUGCUCUCCGUCACUUAUCCAACUAUCUAUACGACGCCCACACUCAGGGACGACACCAUCUUGCCGAUCUGUAUGAACUUGUGCAAUACGCUGGCAACAUCGUACCCCGUUUGUACCUUAUGAUCACCGUUGGCUCCGUUUAUAUGUCCGUGCCAGAUGCGCCUGUGAAGGAAAUUAUGAAGGACAUGAUGGAGAUGUCGCGUGGAGUGUUACAUCCUAUCAGAGGACUGUUCCUUCGACAUUAUCUCAGUGGGCAGACUAGAGACCAUCUUCCUUUAGGGGAUGACCCAGGACCUUGCGGUAACCUGCAAGAUUCAAUUACAUUCGUCUUGACCAACUUCAUCGAGAUGAACAAACUCUGGGUUCGGCUACAACAUCAGGGCCAUUCUCGCGACCGCGAGAAACGCGAGAUGGAGCGGAAAGAGCUGCGUAUUCUCGUCGGCACAAAUCUCGUCCGAUUGAGUCAGCUUGACGGGGUGGAUCUCGAAAUGUAUCAAACAACUAUCCUGCCCAGCAUUCUUCAGCAAGUAGUCAGCUGCAAGGAUGUCAUAGCUCAAGAAUAUUUGAUGGAAGUGGUUAUACAGGUUUUCACCGAUGAGUUCCAUCUGCAUACUCUAGGGCCAUUCCUCUCUGCGACUGCACAGCUCCAUCCGAAAGUAAACAUCAAGCAAAUCGUUAUUGCUCUUAUUGACCGUUUGGCUGCAUAUGCUGCACGAGAAGCGGAGAGCGAAGACCCUGAAGAGACGAAGAAGCAAGAGGAGGCCGCCGCACGUCGACUUGCUGAAAAGGUUAGCGUUCAGAAGGCGAGAUUACGGCAGAACGGCCAUCAGAACGGCUCGACCACUCCCAUAACAGAAUCUGUUACACCCGGUAGUCUUGAAUGGGGAUCGGCGCCAGAGAGCCCUGUCGCGGACACUAUCCCGGAAAAGGACCUCGAGACCGCCUCAAGCACGGUUAACGAUGCGGAGGAGCCAGAGAGCGAGAAGAGCCUGAAGGGCAAGGAGAGGGCCGAUCAAGGGGUUCGUAAAUUCCGUGGAGUGCCCGAGGAUGUUAAGCUCUUCGAAGUGUUCUGGCAACAGGUCGUGGAGUUGAUUAAAGCACGACCAGAUUUGUCGAUUCAAGAUAUCACCGCACUUUUUGUAUCUUUGACUAACCUGUCUCUGAGUUGCUACCCAGACAGGCUCGAAUAUGUGGAUCAAAUCUUUGGAUUUGCACACGAUAAACUCAAAGAGUUCACAGACAACCCGGACCUUCACUCGCCUCAGACUACGGCAAAUCUCGCAUCCCUUCUAGUUGCCCCAAUCAAUUCCUACCAGUCUGUUCUGACCCUACUCGCGCUUCAGCGCUAUUCCCCACUACUCACACUCCAGCCCUUCUCUACCCGACGUUCGCUCUCGCAUGCUCUUAUUUCAUCGGUGCUCAAGAACGAGACCGUCAUUGAAACCCCCGAGGAUGUAAACGGAAUCCUCGAGCUAUGUCACGUUCUCAUUCGAGACCAGACAGAUGCGGCUGGAGGUGGUCAGCCGGGAGCAAAAAGAGCUCAAUAUUAUCAUGAUCGCGAGGAGAUGGGGGAAGAGCAGGGUUGGGUUGCGCGCAUGGUGCAUUUAUUCCGUGCAGAGUCGCUUGACGUGCAAUUUGAGAUUCUACAGCUGUUGCAAACGGCACGCAGACACUUCGAGAGUGGUGGCGAGCGGAUGCGUUACACAUAUCCCGCGCUUAUCACUGCCACUAUCAAGCUUUGCCGAAGAUAUAAAAAUCGGGAACAUCUCGAGGAUGAGUGGCAGACCAAAGUAUCGACCAUCCUCAAGUUCAUUAGGCAGCUCAUCUCUAUUCUGGGUUCCACAGUUGAGGCGCCCACGAUUGCCCUCCGUCUGUUCCUUCUCGCUGCACAAGUCGCCGAUGAGUGUGGCUUCGAGGACCUCACAUAUGACCUAUAUGUACAAGCAUUCACCAUCUAUGAGGACAGUAUAUCAGAAAGCCGGGCGCAGUUGCAGGCCAUCACCUUGAUUAUCGGCACUCUGCAAGGCGCGCGCGUGUUCGGUGUCGACAAUUACGACACAUUGAUCACGAAGGCUGCAUUACACAGUGCAAGACUUCUCAAGAAGCCACAUCAGGCGACUGCUGUGAAUCUAGCCAGCCAUCUCUGGUGGCAGGAAGUUCCUUCAGACGAGGAAAUUCCUGCAGCUUCGGACGCGGAUAAGGCAUCUGCCUUAAAGGACAAGGAGGUUGGCGAUGAGAACACUACCAAAGCGUAUCCUCACCAAGAUAGCAAGCGCGUACUGGAAUGUCUACAGAAAGCACUGCGCAUCGCUAACUCUGCGAUCGAAGAGAUUGUGACAGUUCAGCUAUACUGCGACGCACUCGAUCGGUAUCUAUACUACCUCGAUCGUGGUGCCCCGGCGGUGACACCCAAAUUCGUCGACAGUCUCGUGGAUCUCAUCACAUCUGCCAUCGACAACAUCGCGUCGCCAGACGUCCAUCCUUCGCAGCGCGCACCUCCUGGCCUUCUCGAAGGCGUACAGACGCCAGACAUGAUCGCCCGCCACUUCCGCAAUACUCUCAUCUAUAUUCAAGCUAAGAAGAACGCCGCGAGCAACGCAGAGGGUAGCGCCGUGGCUUCAAGGUGGGACGAUGUCGACGUGGUAGGUGCGAUGCUGAAGAUGGGGAUCGGUGCCCGAUAG